CCUUGGAGUGUCCAAUAUCCAAUACCUAGAGGGCAGUCGCGAACUUCUUUUGCAAGCUGCAAAACUUUUGCUGCGCGUCAAAGUACGGGAGCUCAUCAUAACAAAGAGGAGUUUGGCCGCAGCCAUCGCUUGAGAGGUCACAGACUCCCGGGACACAGCUUACAGCUGGGACUUGGACGCAAGGAACAAAUUACCGAGCUGAACAAUGUACUCGGAGCAAGGGAGUCGGUAGGAGCUGCGAACUAGCCGCCCGCCGUCCUUUUCCCGGCUGGAGAAAGCCGAGCUGGAGAGGAGUCAGUUGAAGCGAUAGUCCGCACCCACCUCCAGCUGCCAGAUCCCCGAGGAGAUACUGCUGCAGCCCCCUUCCCCAUCCUUGGACCAUGGCUUCCAUCAAAGCCAAAGCUCUUUACAGCUUCCAGAGUGAGAACCCCGAGGAGAUCAGCAUCCACGAAAACGAGCAGCUGCUGGUUUUUAACGAGAAGUCUUUGGAUGGUUGGCUGGAAGGCCAGAACAGUCGAGGAGACAAAGGGCUCUUUCCAGCUUCUUAUGUGGAAAUUCUCAAGCCCAGCACACCCUUACCAUACACUUCCAAUUCCACUUUCACUCACCACUCAGCAGGGAAUCACUCUGCAAUUUACUCCCCCAGUUCAGCCUCCUCCUACCAACAGGGCAGCUAUGAAGAAGAUGAUGAUGAUGAUUGGGAUGACUGGGAUGACUCUUCCACUGUGUUCGAUGAACCUGGUGUGUCCAGUAACACCAAUGGCCACAAUCAUCUCCAUCCAUAUACAGUCUCCCCAUAUCCCAACGUGACGUACAGGCAAAAGCCAUCAGUGGAGAGGCAGGACAGCACUGCCAGCAGGCUUAGCACUAAAAGCAGUGCUGUGGGCAAGAACUUCAACCGUUUCUCAAGUUUUGUUAGAUCUGGAGGAGAGGCAUUCAUUCUGGGUGAGGUACCUGCUGUCUUUAAGACUUCAGAAACCUACGGUGUGGUGAUGAGCCCUGAUGGGCCUCAGUGGAGCGAGAGCCCUCACCCCUUUACCUGUACCAUUGAGGAACCCACCAAGCAAACCAAGUUUAAAGGCAUCAAGAGUUACAUCUCCUACAAGCUGACGCCUAGUCAAACCAACAACCCUGUUUAUCGUCGCUACAAACAUUUCGACUGGCUACACAACAGGCUGCUGCACAAGUUCUCUGUCAUCUCUGUGCCACAUCUGCCAGAGAAGCAGGCCACUGGCCGAUUUGAAGAUGAUUUCAUUGAGAAACGCAAGAGACGCUUGAUUCUGUGGAUGGACCACAUGACAAGCCAUCCAGUGCUAUCCCAAUACGAGGGAUUUCAACACUUCCUAACUUGCACAGAUGACAGGGCCUGGAAACAGGGAAAACGACGAAUGGAGAAAGAUGAAUUAGUCGGUGCCAAUUCUUUCCUGACCAUCCAAAUCCCACAGGAGCAUCAGGAUCUUCAGGAUGUGGAGGAGAGGGUGGACACGUUCAAAACCUUCUCCAAGAGGAUGGAUGACAGUGUGCUGCAACUGACCAAUGUGGCCACAGACCUCUGCCGCAAACAUGUUGGAGGCUUCAGGAAGGAAUUUCAGAAAUUAGGCAAUGCUUUUAAUUCAAUAAGUCAGGCAUUUGAAUUGGAUCAACCACAUCUUGCAGUCCCUCUGAACAAGGCCAUUUCCAACACUGGCAAAACGUAUGAAGCCAUUGGAGAGUUGUUUGCAGAACAACCUAAGAAUGAUCUGUUCCAUAUGUUGGACACACUUUCCCUGUACCAAGGCCUACUGUCCAAUUUCCCAGAUAUCAUUCAUGUUCAGAAAGGUGCCUUUGCCAAGGUGAAAGAUAGCCAGAGGAUGAGCGAUGAAGGAAAGAUGGAUCAGGAGCAAGUGGAUGGGAUAAAGAGACGAUGUCGAGUGGUAGGAUUUGCUCUACAGGCCGAGAUGAACCACUUCCACAAGCGCAGGAUCAUAGAUUUCAAACGCAUGAUGCAGUCUUACCUCCAGCAGCAAAUUGUCUUCUAUCAGAGAAUCAGCCAGCAAUUGGAGCAGAGUCUGCAUUUGUAUGACUCAUUGUAAUAAAAGACCCUCACUCCUUGACUCUGGAAGAUUAUGUGGGAAAAACAUACCUAGGCUCCUCCAUGAUCCACUUGACUUGUCUACAUUCUCUCCAACUCUUCCCUAAAUCUUUUUGAAUCUCUCCAACUUCCCUUGAGCUUUACCAAUCCCCAACUCUUUCCUGAUUUCCUGACUCCUCCCAACCUCCUCACCCCUCCCCAAGGUCUUAACUCCUCCUCUAUCCUCUUGACUUCUCCCCUUUUCUCCAGCUCCUCCCCAAUCCCCUGGUUUCCACCCCAAACCCUUUGACUCCACCCAAUCCCCUGACUGCUCACCAACAUCUUUGACUCUCCCCCAAUGCCGACUUCUCCCCAAUAGAUUUGACUCUUUCCAGGUCAUUCGAUCCUUAACUCCAGCUAAUUCCUUCAACUCCUCCCAAUCCCCAAAGCACCUCCACAACUCCUCCCCAGUCUUUUGACUCCUCCCUGAUCCCUCAAUACUUUCAUAACUUCCCUCCAGUCCCUUCAAAUCCACCCCCAUUCUCUUUAACUGUCCCCUAAUUCCCCAAUUCCUCUCCAAACUCUGCAGUAUCUUCACAACACUUCCAAAACCCUCUCAACUUUCCCCCAAUCCCCUUGACUCACUCCCCAAUUUCCUCAAAUCAUCCCAUCCCCUCAAUUCCUUCACAAAGUCUUUAACUCAUCUCAAUCCCUGACUAUGCCUCAAUCACCUUGAUUCUUCUCCUGAAUUCCCUAACUCCUCCCCAAACCCCGAGAGUCAUUCCCUAUCCCUCGAGUCUCCUCUAAUCCCCUCAAUUCUAUCCAAUCCCCUCAACUCCACCCUAAUCCCCUUGACUCUUCCUACAAUUCCUUUAGCUCUUUUUCUAAUUCCCUUGACUCCUUCCCCAGUCCCCUCAGUUCUUUCCCCAAUCCCUUUGACUUUUUCACGGACUCUCCUCAAAUCCCAUUGACUCCUUCCUUGAUCCCUUCACCUCCUUCUCCAAUCUCCUCCAGUCUCCUCAAUUCUGCUGACUCCUUCCCCCAGCUCCCUGAAUUCCCUGGACCUUUCCCUGAGCCCCUCAACUCUUCCCUAGUUACCUUGACUCUCCCUCAAUCUCUUCAACUCUGCCCCCAUUCCCCAUUGACCAACCAUGAUCUCCUCAACUCUCCGCCGAUUCCUCUUCUGAUUGCUUUGAUCCCUCCCAUCCUUUCAAGUCCUCCUCCAAUCUCCCCCAGUUCUCUCAAUCACUCUCCCUUCAUUCAAGUAUCCCUAUAUGUUCCUCCGAUCCUUCUGACUUUCCCCUAUUCCGAUUACCUCCUCCCUGAUUCCCUCACUCACAUAUAGUCGAUAUCAUAACGGAUGCAAUCCAUUACUGAGAUGGAACUGUAGCACCAGGAGCCAGUUCAUUUUGAGCUGAGUUUUGAUGUACAACAGGUUCACUUGUCUCUCACCAUCAUCACUGCAAGUCUGGAUAAUUCAGAGCUGUUUACACAUUGUGCUUUAAGAAAUCAGUUCAGAGUGUGUUGUGCACCAGUACCAACGUCUUUAGUAUAUUUAUGUGGAAUCUAAUCUUGCUUUGGAUUAUAUUACCAAGGCAGAGCAGGUGGCAAAAUUCUGCUAAAUCACUUCUACCAAGUGUACAUUUUUCGGGAGACAUUCAAACAGAAACAGCCACAUUGACUGUGGGUUUUUCUAUCUUUGACACUUAAAGGAGAUUGAUUUCCCAAAAACGAGGGAGACGGCAUUAAUUCAGAAGCAGUUCACUUCUUCCAGCUCCCAAGGUUUACAUUCAUUUUCUGGCAGAGGAUAUGGCUUUACAAGAUCACCACCACCGGAAUUAGCUCUCAGUCUCAGACUGUGGCAGUUGCAGAUUGUCACCACAGGAUGUUUGAACUGUUGUGAUAGUUAAUUAUUUUCUGUACAGGGACGUACAGGACAUGUUCAACGACAAAUCUUUAGUAUUACAGGUAGGAUGUUAACUGUAGUAGAGCAAUUUGUUAAAAUUUGCUAAGCUAGAUAACAUGGACUAUUGGGUUGGCAGAUUUGUUUUCCAAAAUGUUGGGUAUGUUUUGCUGGGAUUAAGGAAUUGACUUUCAAAACGGAAAAUGUCAACAGAAUGACAGCAACUGAAAGAAAAAGAGAACGUGAGGGAGGAUUAGAGGCCACUGCAGGAUGUGUGAAAAGAGGUGGUGAUGAAGACAGAGAGGAAUGACAGGCUACACUAGAUAAAGGGACAUCUUUAUACUCUUCUAAAUGAGUGUGUAAGUCCCUGGUGAAAGUUGUCUCACUGUGAUUUAGCCUGUAGUUACAAUGUGCCAAUAUCCUUGCUCCUGGUGUGCUGGAUGGUUCAAGGAGUACACUGCACUUUAGAUUGUAUUCUCUCAAACUGUUCCACUACAAUGUUAUUCAGAGCUGUAUAUCAUUUUUCAAUUGUACACUGAUAAUCAGGGCUGGUUAUAAACACUGCUAUAUCAGCAAUAUUUAAUAUUCUCAAUAUAAAAAAUGCAUAAUGAUAACCAUACAUGAUCAAUAUGUGUAGAAUGUUCCAGAGGGACUGAGAGCAUCAGUGGUGUGAUUCAAUGGGGGAGGCUACUGUUGGUAAACAUACUAGGUAUUUUACCCAGCCAGCAUGGCUCAAAGGGGCAAGCUGUUAUUAUUACAGGUACCAGGCACUAUAAUAGUCAGUGUAACAUGGAGGAGCAGACUACUGUUAGAACAGGUACUGGGCACUAUAGCUAGUCAGCAUGACUAGCAAACUACUUUUAGAACAGGUAAUGGACACUGGAACUAGUCAGUGCGACUCAGAGGGGCAGGCUGCUGUUAGAACAUGUACUGGGCACAGAACUUAGUGUGACAUAAUUGGGCAUAUUAAUGUUAGUACAUACUGUGCACUCUAACCGGUCAGUGUGACUCCCAGAAGGGCAAGCUGCUGUUUGCACAGGAACUGGGCAAAAGUUAAGAUGUAAUGUAUCCUCAUCAGAGAAUAUCCACGCCCCUAUUUAAGAAGUAAUGGUGACAUCAAAGCAGCGGCACAUCUUUAGUUAAAUGUUGUAAAGAUGGUGUCAAUAUUAACGAACCACUGCUGGUCCCAGUGGGAAUUGGACAAUGACAUAAAUGCCAAUGUCUUACAUCAGUGAUCAUAAAGCCUGGACUUCCUAACUUUAUAGUUCACGGUGUUUCAAUCCGUCCUGGCAUCUCUACUUUUUCUGAGUUCUGGAGGAGCUCGUGGAGGAGUCCUUACGUCCUUUGGAAUAGGUCCUUACGUCCAGUCAGCUAUAAACCCGCUUUGCAGUAGCUGGGGUGAACUCAAUGUCAGGCCAUUGUUGCACUGCCAUGUUCCCAAACUAACCCUGGAGUCUGCCAGUCGAAAUAUAAUGUGUGUAGAAAUAUAAUACAUAGUGAGGUUCAAGCAGCAACUCCAACGUGUUCUGACCACUGAGACUGUGCACAUGUUGGAUCUCAGCGCUUUGGCUAAUAGAAGGGAGUGACAUCAGACAGUGACUGGAACUCCUCAACAAAUCAUUCCGAAACAGGACGUGACUUCAGAAAAAAGCAACAUUUAGAAGAAGCCCACUCAGCAUCGCUAGUUAAAACUCAGUGGCUCAUCCCUUGUGAUAUAACUGAGAUAGAAACUCAGAUGAGGUAACAACAGGCACAGAUCCUAUUUCAGUGUCUAACAACAGAUACAGGCAUAUUAUAGUGUCUACAAUGGCUGUGAACAGACUCAGACUAUGUUAGUGUUUAGACUAUUGUAAUGGUUAAUACUCAACACAGACUUUCACAACGGAAACAACUUUGCAUCUGCUAAGCCCAUUAAGAAUCUUAUGUGUGUUUUUCAUAAGGUCUUCUCUCAUUCUUCUAAGCCCCAAUUAGUACAAGUCCAACCUAUUCAACAUCUCCUCAUAAGAAAAUCCCUCCAUGUCUAAACUAACUGAGUAAACCUUCUUUGGACUGCAUCC